AUGGCAGGUGGCAUAUUCACCGGCUGCAACCCGGCAUAUUCGUCCCACGAACUGGCACACCAAAUGCGUGACUGUGACCCAAAAUUCAUAUUGAGUCAAGGUGGUUCCACGCUCCAAACGUGUCUUGAGGCAGCAAGGAUGGUUGGCAGCGGACACGAAAAGCGUACAUUCGUCUUUGAUGAUCGAGUUUUCGACUCGGUCGAGCAGCCUGACGAGCAAGGUUGCCCAUAUUGGAGCAAACUGAUGCUAUUCGAUACCGAGGCAGAGCGGUUUGCGUGGGAUUCUUUGACUGGACCGGACGAAGCGCGAAAAACUACACUGGCCCUGAACUACUCUUCAGGGACGACCGGGCUCAGCAAGGGCGUGGAAAUAACACACGGAAACUACGUCGCCAAUGUCGUGCAGUAUAAUCACCUGAUGGCCCAUGACCGGGAUUAUGAUGCAAAACACCGGCAAAACGAAAGAUACCUCUGCUUCCUACCACUUUACCACGCUAUGGCACAGAUGCUCUUCUUAGGCGUGGCGCAGAUUCGCCAUGCUCCAGUCUAUAUAAUGGAGAAAUUCGACUUCCUGCGCGUUCUACAGUCAGUGGAGAUAUAUCGUAUUUCCGACCUACUCAUCGUUCCGCCAGUGGCUGUCAUGUUAGCUAAACGGCCAGAAACGAAAAAAUUUGAUCUGAGUUCUGUCCGAUAUAUCGGAUCAGGGGCUGCUCCAUUAAGCCGAGAACUGUCGCAAGAGGUGGAAGAUCUAUGGCCCCAAGGCACAAUAAAUAUCAAACAAGGAUGGGGUAUGACAGAGUUAACAUGCGCAUUGUUAGGAUGGGAGCAUACCAAGACUAGCUACAGCAACAGUGUGGGCUGGCCUCUCCCUAAUUCCCAAGCCAAGAUCAUGUCCCUCCCGGACGAAGCUGCUGAUUCAGACAACCUUCUCUUGCGGAAAGAACUGGGGCCAAAUGAACCGGGUGAACUGUGGGUACGAGGCCCUCAGGUGAUGAAAGGGUACUGGAAAAACCCGAAGGCGACCGCGGAUACUCUGACACCAGAUGGGUGGGUGCGGACCGGCGACAUAGCGUAUUACGACAAUGAGCAGAAGUUCUUUAUCAGCGGAAGGUUGAAGGAACUUAUCAAGGUCAAGGGCCUGCAGGUUGCGCCUACGGAGCUUGAUGGAGCUUGUCUGGAAUGCAAAGAAGUUGCAGAUGCAGCAGUUGUUGGGGUGACAAUAAAUGAUCAGGAGCACCCGCUAUAG